AUGUCGGCUGUCAUCUCGGACCAUGCUCAGCCUGACUCUUCUACUACCGGAUCCGACCCCUCACAGUUUCGUCCUACAUCACCAUCCUUAAACAAUUCGCAAUCGUUCUCUCCCCAGAUGGAGCAAGUCGCACAGUCGAGACCGGCCCGAGGCUCGACACCAGGCGAUGCAACUGAUCGCCUAGCCGUGGGUACGGCGCAGACGACCGCCGUCGACGAUGCCUCCACCCCGCGUCCGUCGCAAAAGAGCCGUGGCGCAACGCAAGAAGUCAACAAGCGGAGCGUCGACUACUUAUUACGAAGUGGAGUGGCGGGGGGUUUGGCGGGAUGUGCGGCCAAAACUGUUGUCGCUCCUCUCGACCGCGUCAAGAUCCUGUUUCAAGCGUCCAAUCCACAAUUCGCCAAGUAUUCCGGUAGCUGGUUUGGCUUAAUAUCGGCUGUUCGCGAUAUCAGGCGCCAUGAGGGCCCCAGGGGUCUUUUCAAGGGCCAUUCGGCGACAUUACUCCGCAUUUUCCCCUAUGCCGCUAUCAAGUUCCUCGCCUACGAGCAGAUCCGAGCAGUGGUGAUUCCGUCGCGCGACAAGGAGACGCCGCUGCGCCGACUCGUCUCUGGAAGCAUGGCCGGCAUGACUUCUGUCUUCUUCACGUAUCCGUUAGAGCUUAUUCGAGUACGCUUAGCAUUCGAGACGAAACGCACGUCUCGCUCUUCGUUCCGCGAUAUCAUCCGACAGAUUUACAACGAGCGGGUCGCUAUGCCAUCAUCGACGGGGGCAUCAGUAAAAGAAGCUCCAGUGACCGCCACUGCAGAGAGUGUCUCAUCGACGGUGAAUAAAGUUGUUCCUCGUUCUGGACUGGCCAACUUCUACCGUGGAUUCGGCCCGACUCUCCUGGGAAUGCUUCCCUACGCCGGAAUAUCCUUCCUCACCCACGAUACCGUCGGCGACUGGCUGAAAUCGCCGACGCUAUCCCCUUACACCACGAUACCUGAAUUCGAAGAAACUGGACACCCGAAGAAACAUCAUCGGCAGCAACUAACUGCCGCUGCGGAGCUUUUCUCCGGAGCGAUCGCGGGUGUUGUAUCGCAGACUUCCUCGUACCCGUUCGAAGUGAUGCGACGACGCAUGCAAGUCGGCGGCGUCGUCGGCGAUGGCCACCGACUCGGCAUUGUCGAGACCGCCCGCACAAUAUUCCUCGAACGGGGCUUCCGUGGCUUCUGGGUUGGGCUGACGAUCGGAUACCUCAAGGUGAUCCCGAUGACGGCUACCGGGUUUUUCGUUUAUGACCGGUUGAAGGGAAGACUUGGCAUUUGA